CCAUCACUGUUUCUCGCAGCCGAGUUCCAGUUCUUCGAGGGCCUCGUCCAUUGAUGCGUGUUCGUUGUUUUUUUCACUGCUGGUGUGUGAACUCCGUUCUGGCGUUCCGAGGCUUGUUUUUUAGUGUGCGAUGUUAAUUUUGUAGCUGGUGAAGCAGAAGAACGGUGGAGGUUUCUACAGGUAGGUCGAUCGGUUUUUCUGAGGAUGAGGACGACGAUUGUGGAGGGUUGGUGGAACUCUAUGUGAGGUUAGGGUGGUGGACAUUGAGCUACCGUUUUGAUCCGAUGCGGUGCGUGGAUUUCAGGUCUAGUUAACGUGCUCGUAGAUCUCGACGGAAUUCCUCUCGAGUUCUGUUGAGUUUUGUGUCAUCGCAAUAUUGGUAUCGACCCUGAGGUCAAUUGUGUCCGUAUGGUUGUUUUUUUCUUUUCUUUUUUCUUUUUAAAGUUUUGUUGAUGGAAAAUUUGAGAGUGAGUAAUUGAUUGUAGCAGUAGCAGAUCAGCGUUGUCGUCGCACUAGCUUACUAUCCUUGCAUUAGAUGUUGUCAUGCUUUUUAGGUAGGGAAUUUACAACCCUGGUUUGCAUCGAGGUCGUCGUGUGAGGAACAGGGCUCAUGGAACUUUUAAUGUUGGAACGUGUUGUAAGGUUUCUUCGCAGUGGUGAUGCUAUUCUGCCGCCGAACUACAGAAUCCAGGCUGGUUCGUGAGCUUCCGAGGGCCGAUCCUGCGAUUUCUCUUCUAUUUGACCAUUUUACAUUCAUCUGUAUUGAAGUCUCGUGUGUAAUGAACUUUUAUUGUGAUUUUUUUCGAGAUUCUUGCUAGAUGAGGUGUGGCAGCAGGCAGAUGCAGUGUAGCAGGUGUCUCCUCACGGUAUACGUGAGAAAAUAGUGGAGAUGAUUGUCCAUGAACUUCGCAUUGAGCACCUCACGUUUCAAAAGUGCUCCUUGGUAUUAAUGUCAAGGGCAUGGCCUGGUCAGAGACCUACAUGAUUGCGAAUAUUUUUUUAUUCGUGCUACUUUUCCAUGCUUUAAUUCUGCGGAGUUAAAUUGCUCUACUAUUGUGAUUUGCUAAAUUGUUUGACAUUGGUGAUCAUGUCCUUGUUUUCCGGGUGCAAGGAGUCUUUUCAUCUUCUACCCCGACUCGACUUGUCUGUAAGUGGCUACACGAGCUAAAUUGAGGUCUUGUCAGAAAUUGGGGUAUGUGAUGUUUAAAGGGUACUAGCUCGACUAUUAGUUAAGCUGUGAAAGGUUCAUUUCUUGACAGAUCUUGGCUUGUUGCUUAUUCCUUGCCUUAUUCUGAACUGCAGUCUUUUAUUCUAUACUAAAAUGUGCGUGAUACGUGCCUCGGGGUUUAUAGUGGUGCAACAAGAAAAUCUUCUUUGUUUGAUCAGUUUUAUUCAUCCACCUGUGUACUGUCCAACACAUUUGGUGUUGUUGAGCAACAGCUAACAGGAUUCACGUAGAGAAUUGGAGAAAGUUGGUGACGUGAUCAGUUAUGAAUACAGUGCUUCGAUACCAUAGCCUUAUUCUAGAGUUAGCGAAUUGUUGCAAACCCUAGCACAUUGCCUGUAUAAUCUCUGAGUGUAGAAGUUUUUUCCCAGGUUUAUCUGGUGUAGGACCUCAAGUAUAUAGUCUUAUCUAGUCUUAGAUCUUGUCAGCCUGUGCUGGUCUUUUUCAUUGGGCAUAUUUGAUUUGUCAACAGCACUCGAAGAUUUUAUAGGAACUCUCUGACCUUGAGAAUUUCACCUUCCCUGGCCUUUCUCUUCCUUUCAAUACUUCAUCUCGUGGCUAAUACCUGCAAAUAUCAUGGCUCCUGGGGCGUGCCUGUCUCUUCAUGAGUUGGAAGGCUAUUGCGAGUAUUGUGGUGAAGUUUGCGACAGUACGCAAGAUGAACUCAAUGCUAUCGCUUGCACAUUUGAGGGGUGCCCAUCACCAACAAUUUAUCAUCAGAAACGCAAAACUGGAUUUCAAUGCCCAAGAGGGUGUGGGAAAGGCUCCAAAAGUGACAAACCUUGUCCUGGUCGAGUGAUCAAAUCACAUCCAAUUCUUGCUCGCAAUGAUAGUAGUAAGAAGCGGAGGAAAGCCAAAUUGUUUGAAAUAUCUCUUCCAUCACUGGCACCAACUAUACCUGUCAAGAAAGAAAAAGAGGAUGACCUCCUGCAUUUGAGCGCAUCGAAGUCUGUCAAAGUAGAGAAGGAUAAAGUCGAUACCACACGUAAGCUUUUAGUUCUGAAUCGAUCAUCUACAUCUCCUUUGAUAACUAGGAAUAAAAGCAUUUCUAGUGAAAGUGUAAGUGCGAUCAGCAGCACUAUCACCACGUCAAGUAGAGUUAAAGUUUUUUCAAGAGAAUCAACUGUAGCAGCGAUAGUUGCUAAUAAAAGGGGAUCAAAUGUAAAGAACAAUGAUACUUACGCGAGUGGACGAUCGGAUUACAGUGCCACAAAUUUUGACAGUCGUUCAGCUCAGAAUCUAGAAAGUAGUGAUGAUGGUUCUCGGCAAUUAAUGUUUUCAAAGGACUCCAGAAAAGUGCUUCCAGUUGGUCGAUGUGGAGUGGAGGCAACCCUUGUUGAUAAUCCCUGGACGCGUGGGCGAUGCAAUGAACUUCUUAAUGGGCUCAAGGUGAAUAUCUCAAAGACACCCCCGCAAUCAGCAACUCUCAAUCCAUCACCGGACCCGAACGUACCGACCUCGUCCACUUCAAUUGUUCGACCUCAAGUUGUUAGACAACCUACAGGUGCUGAACGUGUAGGAAAUGCAGUAGGAGAGGAAGAUGAUUUGGAAGUUCGUCGACUAAAAGCACGCUCUAAAAAUGAGAAGAAGCACUUGCAACGUGCAGCAAGAGCACGAGAAAAACGAGAAGCAGAGGAGGCCGCUGCGGUACAGGCAGCUACCUCAGCUGCUAGCACUAUGAUACAGACUGAAUAUAAAUCUAAGCAAUAUGAUUCUGAUACUAACUUUAAGCCAUGGAGUGAAAGUAUCACAAGUGUUCUACGUCAACACAAGUUUCAAUCUCUUGCCAAACAAUUACAAGAGUAUGGGUUUUUUGAUUGGCAGUCGAAUUUGGCAUUACGAAUGUGUGGUAGUGACGUGGAGCAAUGUUUAGAUUGGCUUCUGCGGAAUGAACCCUCCAUGCAAAAAAAUGUGCAUGUACACCAUGAACAGAAGAUGGACAUAACUUCAGAGAUGAACGUGUUGAAAGAGGUUGUGGUUUCUGAAGGUUUUUCGCAGGAGCAAGUGGAGUUGGCAGUUAUAAGCACUGAUGGUGAUAUCGAUGCAGCUCUGAAAGUGUUAAGAACAUUAAGUUCAUAUUGCAACUUUUCACAAGAAUCAAGCCAGGGGUUCUUGCAUAAUAUUGUGUCCUCUCACCACUCGUUUAGUCAACCACCCUCCCAAAAUUCUAGUGACCUGGUUAUUGGUGAAGGGGCCGGAAUGCUGAACGGGACUGCAGACGGCCAGAACUUUUCCCCUUUAUCUUGGUCUGUCACUGGUUCUCAUUCUCAGAGCAGUUUUGGUCCAUUUGCCGGUGGAUUUAUUUCUGAUCUAGCAAGGUACCAUUCAUACUUAGGCCUAGAUGAUUUACAUUCGUCAGGGAACACUAGACCAAUAAUUGGAUCGCAAUUUGGGGAGUGUCGGGAUCAGUCACAAUUGCAACGUACAAUUUCCAUAUCAAAUACCGAAUAUCAUGAGGCGGUAUCUGGGGGACUAUGCAGUCAUCCACAGAACAGCUAUGAAUCGACAGCUUCGACGGUUACCAGUGUUGCAACGGCGGUCUUGAAGGACACAUUUGGUUUCGAUGAGCAGAUGAUUUCACGCAUGACGGAUGUUAUAGCUGUCAAUGAAACACCGUUGAGCUCCAUCGGUAGUGCUGUCCCAUGGAUCAAUGGAAUAUGGAGCUAUCCCUCGUCAUCGUUUACCAGUUUUGCUGCAAACAAAGGAAUAACAAAUAUGCCCUCUGCAGAUUCUUUUUCUUACAAUAGUACACUUGACGGGAAAUCUUCUUCUAAUUCUCCUUUCGGAGUCUUUGGAGAGCUGCCAUUUGGAGUACACUCUGAUCCAACAAGAGAUUCUGCGAAAAAUUGCUUCAGUAAGGCAAGUCCAACUUAUGCAUCGAGAUGGGAACAGCAAGACGUGAAACUAGUUGAUGAGGCAGAGGAGCAAGACCGUCUUAUGUCAGAGCUCCUGUCGCAAUUACUUGUUUGAUGAGACCUCUCUAGUUUGAGGACGAAGCGUCAAUUAGUGCAGCGUCAUUUGGCUCUGUGGAAAUGAUUUUAUUUCGACAAUUAACUAGCAUGCUAAGUUGCACCAAAGUGUUCGAUGCUUGUUAAAAAAAAUUGUCUGAAGAAGCAAUUCAACUGUGCAUGGUUUUGUAC